AUGAAGUUGACCGGAAUCCAACGUGUCUUAUCUGACCUAUCGGACUGUCCCAGCCGCGAUUCAUAUCGGCCAGCGGAUCAUAUCGGCCAGCGGAUGCUAAGCCCAGGUUUCAAAACUACAUACAAUGCGACAUCGUCCCAUGCUCAGACAGCGCGCAGGUAUCGAUCCCUCUCGAUCUACACCCGUUUCCCUCAUGGCCAUCCAGGAGAUCUGCGCAGGCCCGGCCUCCAGUCACCCAAUUCGCCUUGUCAAUGCAACCCACGGUCGGCAUCACGAUUGAUUGGUACAGAGGUUGAGACGGAGGGACUCGGAAAUAGGUCUACUGCAGCAGCAUCGGCGCCACACGGACUAGAGACGACGAUGCUGCCUCUCGUCUCCGUCCCACUACGCCGUACUCGUUUCGUCUCCCGUCUAAGGGAGGAAGGACUGGCAGACAGCUCAGUUGACCCAGUGGAUCACGCGCUGCUUCAGCGCAGCCCUGCAUCGCUUUGA